GGGCUCGGCGCUGCUCCUCCCCUCAGGCCGGGGCGGCGGGACGGGGCUGCCGGCCGGGACGGGCCCUCAGGGAUGCUCCGGGAUAAACAGCGAAGGGCCAUGAGGCAGAGAAUCCCUCCUUGCUUGGGAAGGUGGGGAGGAGAAGCGGAGGCGGCCUGGGGUCCUGGACCGCAGGAGUAGAGGGAACGGUGGGUUAGAAGAUGGAGAGAGAAGAGAAGGCCGUUCUUCCAUAAGCUGGCCUCCGUCCCAGUGCCCCGAUCUUCUCUGCGUGUUACAAAGUCCUCCCUCCUCAGCACGUGGUGGGAUAAAUCUAGUUUUACUGCGGUACUCGCUGGGUUGUGUUCCAUAGGAGAUGGCUUCGGUACCUGGUCUGGAUAAUAUUUUGAAUGAACGGCGGGGACUCCAUUUCCUCAAAAAAUGCUGUUGAAUUUCCUCACUGCACCAACCUUCCAGGCUAUUCUGGCAGCAGCUUUUGGGGGUUAUUUCUCCACUUACAUCAGCCUCGUGUACCUGAUUCUGUUCCGGUCUCCCAAGAUCAUGUUUCGGUACUGAUGAGUCCUGAUGAGUCCAAGACACAGCUUUGCAAUGCCAUUUCCCAAUGGAUGAUAGGCACGCUACCAACCCCAGGAAGCUACACUAGCUGGGACUAUUCCCAGUUGGAACUGGAAAAAUUCAAGAUGAAAAUUUGCUGUCACCAAAGGAAUAGUUGGAAGAAUACUGGUAUUCCUUCAAAAUGACAAGCAGUCUGAAGAAGACUGGUAAGCACUCUGCACAAGGAUGUGAGAUAAAAAUAUGUUCACAAAGACGUGCGGCCAGCAAGUGGAUGUGUCACAGAAACUAUGGCUUUCAUUUGAAGUAUUCAUUGCUGACCUCUUUGUCUUGUUCCUAUUACUGAGAAGUUUGUUAAGUUUGGGAUUUUUUGAACAAUUUGUCAGAUGACAUGAGAAAGGAGUUUUUCCUAAACCAUUCAGAAAGAAUUCCUCGAAGUCAUCAGUGGUCCUCUCAUUUUCUAAGUCUGAUCUUGCUAAUUUCAAUCACGUGUCCCACAAGCAUCUUCUACACUCCCCUUGUUGUUUAUGGAUUCUCGCUCAUUGCAGGACAUCAUUCCACAGGCAACACUCGCUGUCUGUAUUGUACUCUCCAGCCAAGAUACAGCAGGCAUUUCCCUUAAAAAAGAAGUGAAGAAUGUGGCACAGAAAAAUGAUAAUUAACUUUGACUUAUGCAGCAAGUGCUUAACUAUUGUGAAGAAUUUUGUAUUUUUAACGUUUCUGGGAGGGAAAGGGUGUAAUAUUUAGAAACUAGUUCCCAGCUCGCACAUCUAUGUAAUGUGAUUCAUUUUGGAAAUAAAAGCAGAUGAAAAUCUGAGUCUCUGAAGAUUUAAAUCUUGUCAGUCUGAAAGAAAGCUAAAUUGUUUUCAUGGGUCAGCAGACAGGCUGUUCCCACAAUUCAUUCAUUCAUUUACUGCUGAAGUAAUCCAUUACUUCAGCUCCAAGAUUAAACAACCGGUAGUGAUAACCUGUCAUCAGGGAUCGUGUCAGUAUGUCGAGCUUUGUGUAGAACACGGGAAAACUUGUAAUCGAAAUCGAGACAGGAACUGAAACAUGGACAAGCUUCUAGCAAGUACCAACCUCACCAAACAAGGAAAGUCUUCCAAGUCCAAACAGGUAUUGGAUUCCCUGACGAGGCGAAGGGGAAGACGGACUGCUAGAAUCUAAUAUUUCAGACCUCCACACCCAAGAUGCAAAGCUUGAAAAGGAUAAGAAGCAAAGUGUUUGGAAGCAGUUUCAACAUAUGCUUCAAACUAGAAGACUAAAAAUAGCGCCUCAUCCUAGGGAGGUGAUGCAGUGUUCGGAGAAGGACGGAAGAUGACGUGAUAGAUGAGCACCAGAAUGAAUACAAAUAGGAGAAAUGCGAAGCCAUUUAGAUAAGGGAGAGCAUAAUGCCCAGCAUCUUUGCCCAGAAGCAUUCUGCAAUUCUGAGAAGAUUUCAGGUGGCGGCAGCUGAAAUCCUCUGGAUCCUUGGUGCGCCGACACAGCAGCAACAGGAGGACCCUCCACUAAACAGGAGGAUUUUGUUCAUCCCUCAGGCUUUUAGUAGGGCCAUGGAGGAUCAAGUAGUCCAAGAAGAACCAGGAUACCAGGAUGAUGAGGAAUCCUUUUUUCAGGACAUUGACCUGCUACAGAAGCACGGAAUUAACGUAGCAGAUAUUAAAAAACUGAAGUCAGUUGGGAUCUGCACUAUCAAGGGAAUCCAGAUGACCACAAGACGGGCACUGUCCAAUGUAAAAGGGCUUUCAGAAGCCAAAGUGGACAAGAUUAAAGAAGCAGCAAACAAGCUCAUUGAACCAGGCUUCCUCACCGCCUUUGAGUACAGUGAAAAACGUAAGAUGGUAUUUCAUAUUACUACUGGCAGCCAGGAAUUUGAUAAACUUCUGGGUGGUGGGAUUGAAAGCAUGGCAAUCACUGAGGCCUUUGGAGAAUUCCGGACAGGCAAAACACAGCUAUCUCACACCCUUUGUGUGACAGCUCAGCUUCCUGGACCAAAUGGCUACACAGGUGGAAAGAUUAUCUUCAUUGAUACUGAAAACACUUUCCGACCAGACCGUCUUCGUGACAUUGCUGAUCGCUUCAAUGUUGACCACGAUGCAGUACUUGACAACGUGCUGUACGCACGUGCAUAUACCAGUGAGCAUCAGAUGGAAUUGCUUGACUAUGUAGCAGCCAAGUUCCAUGAGGAAGCUGGUAUCUUCAAGCUAUUGAUCAUUGACUCCAUAAUGGCACUUUUCCGUGUGGAUUUCAGUGGUCGUGGAGAGUUGGCUGAACGACAACAGAAACUAGCUCAGAUGCUGUCAAGGCUCCAAAAAAUAUCAGAAGAAUAUAAUGUGGCCGUGUUUGUGACCAACCAGAUGACUGCUGAUCCAGGAGCAACUAUGACCUUUCAGGCGGACCCAAAAAAGCCCAUUGGGGGCCACAUCCUUGCUCAUGCUUCGACUACCAGGAUUAGUCUGAGGAAAGGGAGAGGGGAGCUGCGUAUUGCCAAGAUAUACGACAGCCCUGAGAUGCCUGAAAACGAAGCCACAUUUGCAAUAACCGCUGGAGGGAUUGGGGAUGCCAAAGAAUAGGCAGAAAAACAAUGUAAAUGCACAGCUCAAAAACACCUGGGCAGUUCAGAAGAAGAUUUGUGCAAGGUCACCGACUGCCUGGCUGCAUUUCUAUCUUUUGGGAACUUUUUGAGAUAUUCUGGGAGAACACUGCGAUGAACUCUGUACAGUUCGGUUUUAUUGAUCUUAAUAGAAUUUGGUUCAUUCGGGAUCUUCAUUUUUCAACUAAACUUUCAGCAGACCAAGAUUUAAGAAAUAAGCAUGUGAAUUGUUCAAAGAAUCCUUUUCCUAUAUUUUCUGAAAAUCAAAGCUGUCCUUUCACAUGAGAUUAAUAUACUCUUUUUUAGUUUCUUUCAAAGAGAGUGUCUAUGCGGUGGAAUUUAAUAGUGCGAAAUGGAACAGAAUUGGAAUAAACUCAGUUAUAAAAUUGACAUAAAUAGAUGGAAAAGGCAGUAGCAGCCCAAGAACUCGGUGGACUCUCAUGUACCGUAGAGAAGCAAGUUACUUUAAAAAUAUAUUUUUAGGCAUUUUUAUCUUGACUAGAUAAUUUUUGUAUUUUUAUUUAGC